AAACCUGUUUCACCAGACUUCGUCCAGCUACGCAACACUUCACAGCCAUGACUUUAACAGGAUGCCCCAUUGGCUUUUUGAUGAUGACAAUCAUAGCUCUUCUGGGUUGUCACCAUGGAGAGACCAAGAGAAACUCCCAGACUCCUGUGCAAGUCCCAUUCCCACCUGCUGUGCCUCAUGCUGGGAAUAUCAAUGCCAUAUGCCAGAACAGCCAUUGUCGUCAGAGAUACCCUCCUAGCUACUUCCCUCGGUCUGGUGUGAGCCAUCUCCGCCGCCGUGGAACGGCCAUAAACCGCCUGGAGUCAUGGUACAGUUUGUGCUGUAGCAGUUUUUCUGCUGAAGAAGAAAAACUGUGCUGUCUACAACAAGCUUGGAAACAAGCCCUGACUCGGUUCUGUGUGGAAGAAUUUUCCACCAUGACGUUGGCGUACAACUGCUGUGAGAACACAGGAGAAGACCGAUGGAGAUGCUUCAUCGGGCGGCUUGAGAAGCCAGAUUACAGCUGUGUUCCAGGCUACACUGCUCCAAGCAUGGCCUCAGAGCCAGGAUUCACUUAUGACCAGAGCGCAUGCUAAAUGUGACAGAUUAUAUAUAUGUCUCUCAUUCUGACUCCUAGAAUAGAGGGAAACCUAACAGCCUAGAGCAAAUAUUACUACAUAUCUUCAUUUUGUUUUUGUCCAAGGCAGUCAGACGUAGAAAGUAGACGCUGUUUUGAAUGUUCUGUAAUUAAGAGAGUGGCUGAGCUACUUUUUUCUAUGUUUAAACAUUUAUCAUGCUUUUUUUUUAUACAUAUAUACCAAAUUUAAAGAAGUACAGUAAUUUUCAAGCUUAUUAUUCCAGGUUUUGAAAAUGAUCCUUUCAUUAAUCUCACAGUUCUUUGUGUCUUAAACACACACUGAAAACAUAGUCACCUCUUCAAAGGCACAUGUUUUGGUUCAAGUGGAGUUUCUGUAAAGGCUUUGGUAGACUGAUGGCUAGAUUUUAU